AUGGGUACCAGAACCGGCAUCAGAACUGGCACAGAACCGGCACCAGAACCAGCACCAGAACUAGCACAGAACCGUCACCAGCACCAGAACCGGCACAGAACCGUCACCAGCAUCAGAACCGGAACCGGCACCGGCCGUGCCAACGCCGCAGCACCUGCUGGGACCCAGCCCCCAAAGGACGCCCGGGGCCAUGCCAGCCCCACACACGGGCUCACGGGCUCUGACAGCAGCAGGCAGGCAGGACCCGUGCCCGGUGCAGCAGUCCUGUGCCACGCUGUGCCAUGCCGUGCCACCCGGCCCCGGGCGCGAGCAGGAGCCCGGUGCCCCCUGCCUGCCACCCUCACUCCCCGGCACGGCCGGGCCCCGCGGCGCCCCCACCGCGGCCGCCCGUGCCAGCUCAGCUCCCCGUGCCCCCCGCACCCAGAGGGGCCCCCGGCCCCCAGUAGCACCAGCAGGGAGGGGAGCCGGGGGCCCCUCGCCGCCGUCGGUCCCAGCACCUCGGGGCCCGGGCCGCGGCUCGCUGCCAUUAGCCAGCACCCCGCAGCGAGCGCGGCCCCGGGCCCGCACCUUUCACAGUUAGAGAGGAGACAGCGACGGCCCCGGAGCCUCCCCGCGCCCGAGCACCAGUGCCUGCCCCGGAGCGUAGCACCAUCCACCGCAGCACCGCCAGCACCUGCUCCGCUCCCACCGCCAGCACCGACACUGCCACCGCCACCGUGCCACGUCACCCCGGCGGGCACCGAGGGGACACUGCCACCGCCGCCGUGCCACGUCACCCCGGCGGGCACCGAGGGGACACUGCCACCGCCACUGCCACCGUCACCCCGGCGCCACCGAGGGGACGCGCUCGCUGCUCCGAACCGCGCGCGGGCAGGGGAGCGAUGGCCCGGUGGCCGCGGCGCCGCCGCCGGGGUCCCGUUCCCGGCUCGCCGGGGCAUCGCCCUCCUGCCGCCGGCCCGGCCCCGCGGAUGUAGCACCAGGGUCCGGGAGCCGCGGCCAUCCCCGCGCCAUGCCCGAAGCGCCCCGGCCGCGCUCCGGCACCGCCGCGCGCCCCCUGCCCCGCCGGCGCCCCCGUGCCGCCCCGCGGGACGGCGGGGCGCGGCCGGCACGGGCCCCGGCGGACACCGCGUACGCAGAAGAGCACCAGUACGCUGCGGGGCGGCGCCGGCGGGGCAGGGGGGCGCCGCCGAGGCGCUUCCGUUCGGGACAGAAAAAGGUUAUUGCAUGACUCGGGAUGGAGACGCUUCCGCCCGGCCGCCCCGGCCCUGCCGCUCGCUCGGAAAGGCCCGGCGCGUAAGAGCGAGGCUCAGCCGCCGGGGCCGGGGCCGGGCCGGCCGGGCGCUGCUGGCGCGGACGGAGCGGAGCGGUCUCGGAGCGGUCUCGGAGCGGGUCUCGGAGCAGAGCAGGGUCUCCUUCGCCUCCUCCGCCUCCCUCCCCGCUGGGCUUUCCCCCCGCUGCCGUUUCCCCCUCUCCGAGAGCGGCGCUGGCGUCUCGUCUCGCCCGCUGCUCCGAGAAGUGGAAACCAAACCGACAGGAAAACCCAGCCAGAAAAGAGCGGAAAAUUAA